GAGUGGAAAAGUUUACCGGGAGGACCAGCAGCAUCCGAGCAGAGACCCGAGGACCGGAGGGGACCGGAGGGGACCGGAGAGGACCGGAGAGGACCGUGACAUCAGCGGGACAUCAGCGGGACAUCAGCGGGACACCGGGAGCACCGGGACCGGGCCGGGAGGAGCCUCGAUGGGCAGACUGAGCGGCUGAAGGCUGCAGAGGGAUGGAGGCUCGGAGCUGCGGAGUCCGACACGUGUGCGCGCUGACGCUGCUGCUCGUGUCCGUGUGUCCGCCGCGCUGCCGGUCCAGCUGGAUGUGGCUCGGUGUGACCUCCGCAGGGACCCCGGAGAAGCUGAGCUGCUCCAACCCGCCUCUGAGCGCCCGGCAGCGGGAUCUGUGCCGCCGGAAGCCGUUCCUGCUGCCCAGCGUCCAGGACGGAGCCCGGCUGGCGGUGGCCGAGUGUCGGAGUCAGUUCAGACACGAACGGUGGAACUGUUCCACGUCCGCGGAGCCGCCGGUGUUCGGACACGAGCUGACGAGCGGAACCAAAGAGACGGCGUUCAUCUACGCGGUGAUGGCGGCGGGACUCGUCCACGCCGUGACGCGGUCCUGUAGCCAGGGCAACAUGACGGAGUGCGGCUGCGAUGCUCGGCUUCGGGGCGGCGUCUCGGCGGUGGAGGGGUGGCACUGGGGAGGCUGCUCUGACCACAUCCAGUACGGAACCUGGUUCAGCCGCAGGUUCAUGGACGGCACCGCCAAGAACAUGUCAAUGAGCCGCGGCGGCUACACGCUAAACACCAUGAACCAACACAACAGCGAGGCCGGCCGACAGGCGGUCGACAGGAUGAUGUCCACAGACUGUCGUUGCCAUGGCGUCUCCGGUUCCUGCGCGGUGAAGACGUGCUGGAGGACGAUGGCGGCGUUUGAGCGGGUCGGUUCGUACCUGAAGGAGCGGUACCUGGACAGCGUCCAGGUGUCGGACCGAUCGAGGAGGAAGAUGAGGAGGAAGGAGCAGCGCCGCCCCCCGGUGGACAAACACCAGCUCAUCUUCCUCAACAAGUCUCCCAACUACUGCCUGGAGGACCGGCGCCGCGGCAUCGCUGGCACCAGGGGGCGCCGCUGCAACCGGACCUCCACCGGGCCGGACGGCUGCAACCUGCUGUGCUGCGGUCGAGGAUACAACACACACGUGGUCCGACACGUCCAGCGCUGCGAGUGCAAGUUCGUCUGGUGCUGCUACGUCCGAUGCCGACGCUGCGAGAGCAUGAACGACAUGCACACCUGUAAAUAACACCUGGACACGUCACGUGAGAUGUUCCUCCAGCCUCACAGAUCGAGUCCUCGGUUCUGAACAGAUCUUGAGGAACCAUCUGAGACACAACAGGAACUUACAGAAACUUUGUGAGGAACGUCUCGGUUUUUGCUUCUGGUUUCUGGUAGAACAUAGCAGAUAAAUGCAGGAACCUGAAGUCCAAACUGAAGGUCCACAAACUGAUCCUGGAUCAUUUCUGCAGAACUCUUCAGGACUGGAAACUUUUCCAGCAAAAAAAAAAUCAUGGAUUCUUUUUUCUAUUUGGGAAAUAAACAUUUAUUUAUGUGUAAAUAAUUCUCGGUUGAAUUUUGAGGGGAAAAAAAUCUUAUUUUUGUAAAAAUGUUCCUUCAAAUUCAGAAACUGACUUUCAGACCGUUGAUAUGAUUCAGUAAAUACGAAUAUAAAGA